AUGUUUUAUGGGACAUACGCCGACAGUGGUUUCAAUCAAAAACAGAAUGACAGUGCUUUUUAUUUCGGAUUACAUGAAGAGAACGAAAAGAUUCAACGCCGAUUAGAGUUUAGACAGUGUUCCUUCUGCUGUCGCAAACGGAUAUCAAGGCUCAGAGUCCUCAGACUAAAUGCAAUGAAAUCGCGGCAUCGUACAACGCAAAUUUCGGACGUUAUUGCAAAAACUUGCAAACAAUUAGCUGCGUUAAUUAUCUGCAAUCGAUGA